GACACUACCGAGAGUCGAAAAAUCAUCGGACUAUCAUUCUGCCUUUUCACCAUCUCAUUUCCUAUUCUUCCUCGACUCGCUGAUAUCCAACGCUCUGAUCAGACAACUGUACGGCCCGGGCAAUCCGGAGGGAAGAGCCUCUGCCACAAGAGGCUGCAUCAGCGAGAGAAAAAGGUCCUCUUUCCGAAGCCACCCUGAAGUCACCUCACACUCACCUUUCCUCCCCGCCCCCGGGUCUCGGUGCGAUGCCAUCCCGAAGAGACUCCUUGGACUACUCCGAUACUCGAGAUGCCUGGGAAUACCCCUCGGCGGAACCGGAGAGCUCUACAGAUGCGACACACGGAAGGGCGUCAUUUUCUGGUUCUACCAGGACAGAGCUUUCUCCAAACCCCAAGCUCAAUAGUAAUACCAAGAGAUCUCGAAGGGAUUCGCUAGAUACUUCGCUCAGCCUGUACGGUGGUGAAGACACAGGUCCCGGAGGGAGACCGCUCGCCGUGACGUGCGCUCCGUGUAGAGCUCGAAAGAUCAAAUGCGAUUCUAAGAAACCAGCCUGUGAUAACUGUGCAAAGAAUCCCAAGGAAUGCUACUAUCCCAUCAAGCUCAAGCCAGGAUUAAGAGCGGGUAGCGGAAAUGACAUGAUGAAACGAUUAGAGCAACUAGAAUCUAGAUUAGAGCAGCAUGAAAUCCGGCUGGCAGAUCAAGAAAUGAGGUUGAACGCCGCUUCGUUGUAUUCUCAACAACCUGGCUCAACACUGCAUCCUCUCUCCGCCACGACGGGUCCCAAUCCACAGACCAUGUCCGUCAAUAACCAGAUCCUAUCCUAUUCUUCUAUUCAUCCUCUCGCAUCACCAGUCAUGUCGAGAUCAUUACCUGAGAUGGGCCCACCGUCUGUUCCAACACCCGUCCCUCUACCCCUAGAUCUUAUCGGCAGCUCAUCGGCUUUCAACGGACCCAGCGCUUCUCCCUCUGGACUAAGCACAACCUCUUUUCAUGAUCCGAAUAUCUUGCCUCCUCCAGACAUUGUGCACGAUCUUGUGGCUCUUUUCUGGGUUAACAUACAUCCUUGGGCGCCCAUCUUAUCCCCUACGCCGGUCGCCUUUCAACAACCUUGGAGCAUCAUUGUCCACGCCAUUGUCGUAGUCACUCUGCGCCUCUCACACGAUGCCCGCCUCGAAGGCAAGAAGGAGCAUUACAAACGAGCUGCAAAACAGCACGUCCUGUCCCACGCGAUCGAAUCGACUUCGAUUUCCUCUGUCCAAGCACUUGCAUUAUUAGCCCUGGAUCUCAUUGGAUCAGAACAAGGUCCUUCGUCUUGGGGAAUCUUGGCUCUCCUGACUCGGUCGGCUGUUCAUUUGGGUCUCACAUCGGAGGAUGACCUCACAGCCUCGAGCUUUACGCCGAGUCGUGCACCUGCGCCAAGUCUCAGUCGGACGAGUAUCAUUCCCCCAGCCGCCGAUUGGCGAGAGGACGAAAGCCGUCGAAGGCUAUUUUGGUUGAUAUUCGCCCUUGAUCGAUACGCCUGUCUAUCGACGGGUUGGGAUUUUGCCCUGCCAGACUUUGACAUCACUCGGCGAUUGCCGUGUACAGAUGAGCUUUGGGCGAGACCAGAAUGGAUAGUCACCCCCCAGUUCCGUCCCAUCCCUCAUCUUCUUGUCCCGCAACCACCAGAGAACUUGUCGCCAUUCAGCUACCUCGUGGAAGUGCUCGAUCUAUGCGGCCGAGCACACACAUUGCAGUCUCAGGUACUCGAUCCAAGCGAUGCGAGAGCAGUAGACCGGCGACGUGAUGCCAGUGUCACCCUCAACUCGGCUGCAAGACGUUGGUUUGCGCACCUCCCGUUGAAAGACGGUAGACAGAAUGGUUUGUCCUUGAUGGUCCAAGCGAUCUUUCAUGCCACCCUGCUCAAAGUCAACGCAUAUUACGCUUUUCCUGCCCUCUCGAAUGGCGAUCCCGUCGAGCCGUUCACCUCGCAUUGCCUCACAUCGGCACAUGCAGUGGCUGCCUUGACAGUCAAGGCCAGAGAGAUUGGAUGGAUGAGUGCAAGUACGCCACUGUUCAUCUGGUCAUGUUGGGUCGCGGCGAGAGUCUUGUUCGUGCAUGCCUUUCUGAGUCAUCAUAACCAGCCAGAUGCGAAUUUCGAUGGCAUUGUCGCUGCACUGAAAGAACAAUCGCAGUUUUGGGCCCUCGCGAACGGAUAUGUCAAGCUCCUGGAACGAGCCAAGAAGAAGUGGCUCCAAUCCGCAAGUGGCGAACACCCAAACCUUCCCGAUGCGAUCCACGUCCUCUUGGAUCUCCGUCGGACGGCCUAUUCCGCCGUAGCCGGCGCAGGAAAUACCGAUGCUACGCCUCAUGUCUCACCUCCUGAUGUCAACCUUUCUCAUCUCCCAGCAUGGGCAGUGCAGCCUUUACUAGGCGAUCUCCAUAGUUGGUUCGAUCUUCCUGCGGGAGUGUUCCAAGGGGACAUGUAGGGAGCGCGUGACAGUUGCUAGGGCAUGUAUAACC